AUGGCGCCAAUUCCCCGUGCUGAUCUCAUCGACAUGGACAAUCCGUCCUCUGAGGUCGGUGACAGCCAAGACUCGCCCGUCCGUCGUCAGUUCUCGGAGCCAUUCUACGCUCGCUCCAUCUCAACUGAAGACUCCCAGUCCCCGGAGCCCCGCCCAUUGCUGAUCAAAUGCGAUUGGUGCGGUAAGUUGAUUGAACUUCCAGAUGAUGAAACCCUGGAAGAAGACGUGCUCCAUGAGCACGCCAUCAAAUUCCAUCCUCGCCGUUUCUACGGGGGAUUUGAUGGAGCUGACGACGGCAUGCACGACACGGAGGAUGUUGAGGACGAGGAAGGUGACCUCGACGUGACAGCCGAGGCUGAUGGCUCGAUCGACGAGACUGCUCGCGAGGAACAAGAGUCCCGCACCGCUGAACCUGGCGAAGAGGCACUGGCCGAUCCAGUGACUGCUGCUCCCUCUGUUGUGGACCACCCCAGUGAUGUCGGCACUGGGGCUGGCUUUGCCAACCUGGCGAAGCCUGCGGUUCAAUCCACCGUGGCCAAAACACCGUCUGACCCCGCCACGGUCCGACAAGAGGGCUUGGAGAGGCUCAUCAAUCGGCUCUCCCACCCCCGCAGCGCCUUCCCCGAGCAGUACCGUCAGCGAGUGGCGGAAUGGCAAGGCCCCGAGAUGCCCUCUCGCCUGCCAAAAAUCUGGACUCUGCACGAGGUAGAGAACUUCUCCCCCGGGUACGAGCAGCAGCUUGCCAAGGUAGACGCUACUUGGCAGCAUGCGUUCUCUGGAACAAAGUCCAAGAAACGCGACGCCCCCGAGCCUUUGGUCCGCCCAGACCCUUACAAAAAGGCCAAGGUUGAUCGCGGACAGUUCCUCGAGACCAGCUCCCUGGACGGUCUUGUCGAGAUGCUGAAAAAGCCGGAUCAGCUCUCCAAUGACGAACUCUACGCUGCCACCGAAGCAGCCGGGUUCGCGUUGAAGGUCUGGCAAGAGGAGUAUCUCGCACUGGACCGUCUCUACCUCCGUGCGCACCGUCACCAGCGCGUGCCAAUCACCGUGGAUACCAAGCGAGAAUUCUUGCAAGGUGCCAAGAAGAAGGCUGGUUAUCCCAUGGCACGUCUGCCGGAGCCCGACCAGGAUUUUGAGGACAAGAAGGAAGCCAUGUUAUACGGCUACCGAUACAACUCCGUCCAGACGAACACGGCCACAACGGUCAGUCGGACGCCUCAAAAUCCGUUCGUCCAGGGUGGUUUUGUCCCUACCCCUGCACAAGGACGGAAGAUGGCUUCCAAAGUCGCGCCUGGUGAGCGUAAUCCAGAUGGCUGGACACCUAUUGUCCGGGACGGCAUCGAGCUGGUGCCCAAACUAUGGGAAGAGCCUCAGGCCCCCAUUCAGGUGAAGGUGACUCGCAAGCGCAAGGCUGCCGAGAUCGAGACCUCCCAAAAGCCUGAGAUGCAGGAGACGGCUCCCAUCCAGAAGUCUCCAGAAGCGAAUGAGGCUGAAGAGGAAGCCCAACCGCCAAAGCGUCGGGCUCGCGGGGGCGCUCGUGGUGGUAGACGCGCAGCCACCUUUGAGGCAUACCAGCCACCAGAGCUGGUAGUUGAGAGUGCGCCUCGUGGUCGUGGUCGUGGUCGGGGUGGAGGACGUGGUCGUGGUCGCGGUCGUGGCGUUGGUCGUCAAGCCAGCGAGCCUCGUCCGUCAUCAACCGAGGCCGUUCAAGAGCCGACCACGACCACGACCACGACCACGACCACGACCACGACCACGACAACGGCCAUCACAACCAGCUCGAGUCGGGGUCGAGGAGGUCGUCGUGGGGCAAGCAAGGCAGCGAGCAGCAGUGCCGCGCCCUCUGCUGCGCCCACCUCUGCCGCAUCUGCAGACGAGUCCACGCCGUCAGCCGUGGACAAUUCGCCAAUGCCGGGGGCGCCAGAACAGGCAAAGCCUACCCCGGCACCCAAGAAGGAGGCCCCCGUGGAGGACCCGGAGGAGGCCAAGCGGCAAAAGAUUCUGAACUCGAAGAAUCCAAAGCGCACAAAGGCCAUGUUGGACCACUGGGAACGGUUCAACAAAGAAGGCCGCAUCCGCAAUCCCAAGCGGUCGAAAGCGCAGAUCGAGUCCGACAAGGCCGCUGACGAGACCCGCAAAACCAAAGAGGUCUCUCGACCACCUGGUCGCCGCCGUGGCUCUCCCUCCCUGGCUCCCCUCCCCGCGGGCAAUCUUGCCCCCAAGGCUCCCAUGGGCAUGCCACCCAUGAUGAGCAUGCAGCAGCAGCACUUGGCACCAGGACCUGGCCCGUCCCUGCCACCGCUGAAUCUGCCUCCGUACGGGGCUGCCAACCCUUACGCACCACCUCAGGUGCCUGGAGCUGGCCAGCAAAUGGCGCCAUAUGCGCCAGCCCCAAUGUACCCCUUCCCCACGGGGCCGUACGGAAUGGGGCAUGGACAAGGGCCGAUGCCGGGUCCACCACAAGGCCCGUCGCAAGGUCCGCCUCCGCCGCCUCAUGAUCCUCGUCACAGAGGUAUCUAG